AGCUACGGCCACAACAACAACAUCAAUAAGAACCCCCCUCUCCCGCUUCCCCGGCCCCCCCGCAGGAGGGCUGAUUCCGGGUGGAUAACGCAGCGAACUCCAAGGAUGCUACCGGCAAGAGAGGGUAACAGGGAUAACAGGCAGCACGCGAGCUGGGAAGAAGGAACGGAGAGAAAAGCCGCAUCCCCGCCUCCAAGGAUUUCCCACCGCGAAGAGGGGAAAACAAGGAAGAAUUUUACUGGGGGAGGGAUCUCAGGGAGAGAGCGGGAGCCCGUAUGCCUGUCUACUGCCGUACACGCGAGUAUUUGUUGUUUUACUAAUCCGUUCUUGGAGUGUCCCAACGAGCGGGGGACUCCCUGAGGUGGGGAAAGGAAGAGGUUUUAGGGGGGAAGACCCUCGUCCGGCUGCCCUGAGGAUGCUCCGGAUGGGUUAGAGCAGCCAGGCUCCGUUACAUCCUCCCCAGCGAGAAUGCUACAGGGGCGGAAAGGCUGCCAGGGAGGGCUGGUCCCCAGUGUGGAGACGAGAGGAGUCUCCCCCACCUACAACCAUUUCUUUUACUUCCCUUUUUUUAAAUUUAUUUAUUUGGGGGGUUAUUGCGUUUAUGGCACUGCGGACGGGUCCUGCAGCUCCCGGGGGCCGGCGGGUGUGCGCACCGCGGGGGAGGGAUGCGGAGUUACCGCCAAGGGCGGUGUCAGAGAGGUGAUUUUCCCUCCCUCGCGUGGGGCCAACCAGUGAGAGGAGAGACCCUCUCAUCCCCCCCGGCUCCAGAAGCCGCCUCCCCCCGCACCCUGGCUGUGUUUCUCAGGCUCUCAUUAGGACGCAUCUGCAGCUCCACAGCAUCGCACUGGCUUUUACCCCGAGGAUGAAACUCCUUCGUCCAGGAGGACGGGAGCAGAAGUGGACGAAAAACCCCACGGGCGAAGGGGAGUUUGCAGGGAAAUCCGGGGUUGAGAAGGUGGAGGCAUCGCCGGGGCCGGGUUAUGCUGGGGGACAGCUCGGAGCCCGGCUUUUACCUCUUCUCCUGCCAGGUAAAAGACCCACCAGGAUCGUGGGAGCUGCACUGUCGGGAUAGUUCUCAGUGAAGGAGGAAGGGAUCCCCCUCAGGCCUUCUCUUCCCUUCCCCGGAGAAAUGAUGCUCCAGGAGCAGAGUGUCCCGGGGUGUCACGCAGAUCCGAGCCGCGGGGUACUGGGGAAAGAGCCGACACCUCCAACUGCAUCGGAAUCCCUCGGGGUCUCGGAUUAAAGCUGUUACGUCAGUAAAUUAAAAAAAAAAAAUCCAAUAACAGAAAACACAGAUCCAAACCUGGACGUUUAUACAGAAAAAGAGCAUCACAAAUUCCUAAUAGCUAUGAAGCAGGGACAGAGGCAGAGCGAGCUCCUUCAGGCAGGGCUGAGAGCUGAGCUCGCACAAACAGCUCCCCGGUGGACUCGUCCCAGCCCCUCCAUGGUUUAUCUCCCGGCCGCCCUCGGCUUCGCCCCCGGGGGGGCGAUCUCCCGGCAGGAUCCCCCGCAGAAGCCCCCCUACAGCUACAUCGCCCUCAUCGCCAUGGCCAUUAAAGAAGCCCCGGAGCAGAAGGUGACGCUCAGCGGCAUCUACCAGUUCAUCAUGGACCGCUUCCCCUUCUACCACGACAACAAGCAGGGCUGGCAGAACAGCAUCCGUCACAACCUCUCCCUCAACGACUGCUUCGUCAAGGUGCCGCGGGAGAAAGGGCGGCCCGGCAAGGGCAGCUACUGGACCCUGGACCCGCGGUGCCUGGACAUGUUCGAGAACGGCAACUACCGCCGGAGGAAGAGGAAGCCCAAAGCCCCGGGGCCGCCGGAGGCGAAGGGUGGCGAGCAGCCGGGGCCGCCCGCCCGCCCCGUCGAGCCCAAGCGGGCCAAGGGGGACGCGGGGGUCCCUCGGCCGGGCCGGGGGGCAGCGGCUUCCCCCGGGGGUCCGCCCCCGGUCGCCCCCGCCGCCGCCCCGCCGCACAAGAACGGCCCGAGGGGCCGCAGCUUCAGCAUCGAGAGCAUCCUGGCGCAGGGGCUGCGGCAGCCGCCCCCCGGGGCAGCCCCCAAGGCGGCCCGGGAGGGCCCCGCCGGCUGCCUCGGCGGUUCCCUGGUCGCCAGCGGCGGCUUCGGCCCGACCCUCAACGCCUCCCUCAUGCUCGACUCCCAGGUGCACGGGAGGCUCUACCACAUCGGCAUCCCCUUUCUCUCCUGCUUCCCUCUCCACGUAUCCGAGGCGGUAUUUAAUUUCCAGUAGUUGCCCCAUAAUUAACCCCCCCUCCCCGGCCCCGGGCGCUGCUAGAGGGGCGCGAUGGGAGUGAGAGACUGGACUCAGACCUCACUGCGCGGGUACAGACCAGAAAAACCCCAAAGUGAUGUAGAAGGUGACUCAGGAUUUCAGGGCAUUUUCAAGGCGCGUCUUGCUGCGGACUCUCUUUAGUGGUUGCCUCCCACCCCCUCGCCAGACCGACUUUUGAAGGUAAACCAGCUUUCUUUUCCCGUGGGUAGUGAAGGUAGAGACAGGCACUGUGGGGAUGGCCACGCUGCCCCCAAGCUCCGUUGGUUUUGCUCUGCACCUUUAGUCUUUGCAUCCCUCAGGUUCCUCAGACCUGGUUUCUUUCGAGCCCUUCAGGUCUCUGGUUUUCUUCUUUUAUUUUCCUUUUGAAAACCCAACCCACUCUGUCCAUCCCUGGGGGAGGGGGCUGAGCUUUGUUUUGCCAUUAAUACCCACAGGCACAUAAUAAUUCCUGAUAUUCCCCGCUGGCCCAGUUCUCCCUGUGCUUAAAGGCAGGUAACUGGAGCUGAAAUAAAGGCAGACCAAGCAAACCAGGCUCAUCCUGCAGAUUCCUGCUUGCUUAGAGUCAGCACUGUGUGUAACUGGUUUCCUGCCCAGCACUUGUGCUUCUCGAGUAUCUCAAUAGAGUUUCUGCUCACUGAUGAGAGGGGGAUGGAUGAACAAACACAGGGAUGCAUCCACUUUCCACAUCUUGCUGGGAUCAGUUGCUUCUGACCACAAAAAGACUGAAGCAGGGUUGUGGAGGCCACUCCUGGCAUUUUGAAAUACGUCUUUUAACAACCAGGACAACUAUCAGGAAAAAAAAAAAGACAUCAGCUAUGUAUCUAAAAUUUUAUUUUUUCUUAAAGAAGGAAGAAUCCAGACACACUACAAGAAAUCAGGAAUAUUUCUUAUUUUUGUUUGCCAUAAAUAGAGGCUUUUUGUAUAUUAGUGGAUAAAUGCCCUUUUGGAAAAAAAAAAUCUAUAUUCUCAAUUUUCAUUAUGAAACGAAACCUAUAUCCAAUAAAAGUAUUUUGUUCAGGAGUGUGGCUGGUGUGAUAUAAACCACCUUGGAGGAUCAAGGAGCGGGGCCUGCUGCUGGAUGCAGUGAAUAUCCUGGUGAGGACAUGAUGGACCUCAUAAAAGGUUGGGAGAGACUAAAACAGAAUCCUUGGAAAUUACCUGUCCCUUGAAACUGAGGUAAUGUUUCCCAAAAUGAUUUUCUCCUUCUCUUGCCUCCAUCCCACCCAA